AUGCAACCAUCCCCGACAGCAAACCCGUCGCCGGAAAACCCAGCACGGCACCGGCACCUGAUUCCAGAUUCAACGGAGGUGGCACUGAUGAUGUCGGCAUCGGCGGCGCAGGUGGUGAAGUUUUCCGGCAUAGCCCACUCGAGCUUGAUCCCGCGCCUCCCGGCCGUGCUCCCCGGCAGAACAACCCUCGAGGAAAAACCCCUGCACCCAAAUUUCGAGGCGAAAACCGAUAGGCUCUCGCCCGGCCGCCAAGCGCCGCCGUCGGAAAGCGGGGUAGCUGCCGCAUCCACUCGGAGAGCGGCCGCCGCCGCCACCGUUGUCUCGCAGUCCGCUUUGCACAGGGAGGAAUCCUCGCAGUCGUACAGAUCUAGCACGUUGUCGGUAGAAACCCCGAGGUGCUCGUCGCCGGAGAAGGGGAAAGACCUCUCCAGGUCGCCGUACGGGCGGCACGCGCCGCCGGUGGCGUUGGGGAAGUCGAGCAGGACGCCGUCGGGGAAGAAUUGCAGGAUUCCGGCCGGAGACGUUGAGGAAGAGGGCCGAGGAGUUGAGGCAGGAGAGGGAGAAGGCGGCGGAAAUCGGCGGUUGCGCGGCGGCGCAAGAAUUGUUCGGGAUGUAAAAUGGGAACGGGAUCUCGAGGGUCCCACACCUACUGCCGCCGCACUGAGUUACAGCGGCGUUCGCCGCCGCUAUUGGGCCGCAAGGAGGAAGAAUAAGAGGGUCGAGGUCAUGGCGGCGGCGGGAGGUGGUUGGUGGAGGCGGAGAAGGUGGCUAAUAGAAGCAUUUGGAGUCGGGGUGCCAAGAAAUCAUCGGAAAAAGGGAAAGGACGAUGGAUGGUCGGUGGAAUGGGACACAGUGCCUGCCUAUGCAUUCGCGCAAUUGGCCGGCGUCACGGCGUUGGGGGCUCGAAAGCCCCGCCACCUGAAAAAGCCCAACUAUACUAUACACAACUGGAGCGUUGGGGGUGUAAAUUGUAAAGUCAUAAUUCUCGUGAUGUAG